AUGCUAAAGCCUCCUGGGCCAUCUGGAGAGGCUCCUGUGACACAAAGGAUGUUUCCUGCUAUCCCGGCAGACCUGGAAGAGCAAAAAGAGCAGGAGACCCACCGGCCAUUGCCCUGCAGUGUCCCGCGCCCAAACCCCCGCCGCCUCCUGCAGCGCCCGGCCCGGGCCCAGCUCCUGCGGCAGGUGCCACACCACACGCCGGGAGCCCGGCAAAACACGGAGCCCGCCCCAACCCCUCGGGGCAGAGGAGCCGCUGCGGGGACCCCCCGGGCCCGGGGCGGCGGCGGCGGCGGUAAUGGCCCAGGUAGCGCCCAAACCCACCCGCCCGCCCGCGCCGCCGCUCCCCCGCGGGCCCGCCCGCACCGCUAUUCCCCGCCUCCCCGGCGGCCCGCCCGCCGCUCUCCGCCCCGCCGCGGCCGCAGCCGCUGCCUCGCUCACCCACCCUGUCCGCGGCCCGGCCCGGCUCCGCUGAGGCGGCACCGGGGCCGUGCAGCCCCAGCAACGCUGGGCUGUGGCGGGCACCGCCUUCCCGCACGGCCCGGGCCCGCCUCCCCUCCCCUCCCCUCCCGCACGGCCCCUCACAGCGCAGCACCGCCCGGCCGCUGGGGGCGCCCGCCCCGCGCCGCCCCGCUGGACGCUCCGCAGCGGCCGCGCUCUGUGACCCGGCGGGCGGUGCCUGCACCGGGCGGGCGCCCCGCGCCGCUCCGCCCUCCCCCCGUACCCCUCAGCCGCCCUUGA